CACAACAUAAGAAGAAAAAAAACCACCAUGGCCGAACCAGAACAUGUUCGUCCACUAGCUCCGGCGACGGUAAUUCCGGUGAGCGAUGAAUCCACAUCCAACAAGAACAACACUCUCCGUCGUCGCAGAAACCGAAUCAAAUGCUUAAUCUGCGUCACAGCAACAUCUCUAAUAUUAAUCACGAUCGUGUUGACUUUAACCUUCACGGUCUUCCGAGUCAAAGACCCGAUCAUAAAAAUGAACGGUGUAACAGUCAACGGUCUAGAUUCAACCACAGGGACGCAGAUCCAACUGUUGGGAACAAACAUCUCGAUGAUCGUCGACGUGUCUGUCAAGAAUCCGAAUUCGGCGUCGUUUAAGUAUUCCAACACAACGACCGAUAUCUAUUACAAAGGAACGGUGGUGGGUGAAGCACGUGGGCCACCGGGGAAAGCUAGACCGCAUCGGACGGCGAGGAUGAACAUGACGGUUGAUAUUAUGAUAGAUAAGAUAUUGUUGGAUCCGGGUUUGGCUCGAGAAGUAAGUGGGUCGGGUCUUGUGAACGUGUGGAGUUACACUAGGGUUAGUGGAAAGGUGAAGAUAAUGGGGAUUGCGAAGAAGCACGUUACGGUUAUGAUGAAUUGCACGAUGGCUGUGAACAUCACGCGACAGGCUAUAGAAGAUGUCGAGUGCAAGAAGAAAAUCCAUCUUUGAAUUUUCGGUUUCCAAAGGUAUUCGUUAGGAUAUAUAUGUGUUAACGUUUUUAAUCAUUUUGUUAACAGCUUUUUUUGGGUCAUUAAUUUAGAUCAGCACGAUGAUACAUAACGUAUAUCUGAAGUAUGUUUUGACUUUCUACUAGUUCCUAGCGAUUUUGCUUUGAUUUUGAUUAGA